CACCAAAUGCGCCUUUAAUUGAAACGGCGGAAUGUGUUGCGGAGAAUAAUUCAGUAACUAUUGUAUGGAAAGCACAAAAUGAUGAUUGUGCAAUUGAUGGUUAUAUGUUAGAGAUUGAUUCCGGUUCUGGUGAUGGAUUAUUUAAGGAAGUAUACUGUGGCAGAGAUACGAUAUGUACAAUUGAUGGCUUACAUUUCAAUACAGUUUACAAUGCGCGAGUUAAAGCAUUUAAUGCAGCCGGUGAAAGUUCAUAUAGCGAUAUAAUAUGUCUUCAAACGGCUACCGUGGCAUGGUUUCAAUUGAGUAAAUCAGCUUCACAAAAUGAUUUAACCGUAUCCAAUGAAUGUAUGUCAUUGACCGGAACAACAAUGGAAUAUAGAUCUCUUUGUGGUUCCAUUGCCUUCUCUCGCGGAACACAUUACUGGGAGAUAACGGUGGAACGUCAUACAGGAAAUGCCGAUGUUGUAGUUGGUGUAGCGCAAAGUGCUUUCAAUCGUCAUAUUAUGCUUGGGAAAGACUUACACGGUUGGUCAAUGUAUAUCGAUGGAGAACGUUCGUGGUAUUUGCAUAACGGAAUGCAUCAUAGUCGAAUCAUCGGUGGUAUCGGUGUUGGAUCUGUGAUCGGUGUAUUAUUGGAUUGUGAUAAAGGUACUCUGGCAUUCUUCGUCAACGAUACGCGACGAGAAUAUGAAGGACAAUUAGUUGCAUUUCGGAAUAUGCCACGCGGUUUGUAUUAUCCGGCAUUCAGUGUUAAUUGUGAUGCAUUGAUAACUGUACAUACCGGUUUGACAAUCCCGUCAAGCUCAGGAAGCAGUGAUUGCAGCGAUACAUGAUCUAUACCAUAGCAUUUUUCUUUUUUCUCCCUCUUUCAUUUGUAUGUUGUUUUUUUUUUUCAAAGUAUUGC